CGCGCGCGCGCGCAUCGUUUCCUCGGGCUGCUGCUCGGUCUUCCGAGGUCCAUAGAUAUUGAGUGCUGAUUGAACGAGAAGAGAAAGUCAUCUCGAACGAAAAUAAAGACUGUGGAAGUGUAAACGGCCGCUGGACAAUAUAUACGAGAUAAAAUUAUGUCGAGUGCAAUGUCAUCACGCCUGAUCAAGCUGUGCAGCAGGUCGCAAAAGGUCAUUCCGCGAUCCUCGUGACCGAGCUUCAAGUCGGAGCGCACGUCCCACGCGUUUAACUCGAGAAGCAAACACGCAACCAAGGUGGAUCGGUGUCACGCAGCCGAUAAUCUCGGACGUUACAUUUUCGGACGACGUUCCGUUAAAGAAAAAGACUCGCACGCGCUUAUAUAUCUAUCGCAUAUCGGCUAUGGUUGUAGUUAGCUGCAGUGCGUGGGUACAAAAUGCCAGUUUACCCGCUGGACAGAACAACAAUUCCAACCUGAAUACACAGAACAAUACGCAAAACAAUAAUAACAAUAACAACAACAACGCCAACAACAACAACAAAAUGACCGCCAAGGGUGUCCUGAUCUGUCGGGACAAUUCUCAUCCUUUUCAGGAGCGCACCUUAACUUUGGAGCAGCCAGUGAAGAUCGGUCGUUCGGUGGCCAGAGCGAGAGCCGCGCCAAACAACGCAAUCUUCGAUUGCAAGGUGUUGUCUAGAAAUCACGCACUGUUGUGGUACUCCUCGGGCAAGUUUUAUCUGCAAGACACGAGCAGCAGCAACGGUACGUUUGUCAACAAUCAGAGACUAAGCGCUUCCGGAUUAGAAUCGUCUCCCAAGGAAGUGUGUUCCGGGGAUAUAGUGCAAUUCGGAGUGGACGUUGUAGAAAGUACAAAGAAGGUUACUCACGGGUGUAUAGUGGCAACGUUAAAGUUAUAUCUGCCAGAUGGAAAGGAAGCCAAAGCCAGUCUCAGCACUUCCGUCAGCUCGCCCGCCGGGAACGUAUCUCUGGAAGAUCUUUACAAACUGAAUCAAGUGAUGCAAGAAGCUUCGAGACGAGAGAAAGCUUUGUACAAUAAACUGGGUUAUCUACAGCAAUUAGUGGAAAAUACGCGAAAAGCUGCUAACCAGUCGUGGAAAGCGCUGAUCACGGAGGACCGUUUGUUGUCGUGGGUGGUGACAGUCGAGAACCAAUUGGCGGUCUACUCGAAGAAUUACACCGAAGACAAGAUAAGAAACGAACUAGCAAAGCUUCAGGAUGAGAAGGCGCAGUAUCAGAACGCCGCCAAGGAGGCGUUGCAGAAGAUUUUACAGGAGAAAUUGGAGGUCACUCAGAAGCUGGUGCAGCUUGAGGGACGUCUGAACGAAACUGAGGAGGAGUGCCAGAGUUUGCACAACGUAGCGAAGUACACUCAGACAGAACUUCAGGAACUAAGCGCCAAGUACACCGAGGCGCAGAAGAAGCUUCAAGAGAUCACCAACAAGCUUGCGGAGAGCGAGGAGAAGAUGAAAGACACGUUGCUCAGCGCGGAACAAGAAAAACGCGAUCUCACGAAACGGUUGGAAGAUCAAUCGAGAAUCGAAAAGAAUCUACGGGCGAGAUUGCGCGAUUCCAAGUUGGAUUCCGUGAAUAUUUAUAAACAGAUUACCGCUUUGAGGAAUUACGCGCAAACUCUGCAGGAUAUGAAUCUGAAGCUUGAAGUGGGCGAGCAUUUGGAUUCGAAGAGCGGUGAAAAUCCGAUCGAGGCGAUAAACACCAUUCUCAACACGAUGAACUCUAUUCACGUCGACAACAUCGACGUGGACAGCGAGAUUAAUUUCUAUCCCUCAAAGAACGAGCAGGAUAAUCAGAUCAAUUCGCCGGAUGUUGAUUUGAAGCAACUCAAAUCUCCCAGUUCCGAGUCGUCAUUCACCAAAGAUCAGCUGGACGACAUGCAGAUCAACGUGGACGACGGUCUUACGGAAUACAUCCUGCCACCGCCGUCGCGAUCAUCGUCCAGAAGAACUUUAGUUAACGGAAACUUGACCAACUUGGACAACAGCGACACGAACGCAGACUCGGACACGAGCUCGGAAGCCACCGACGACAUGUGCAGUAUGAGCGAAAACAGCAGCGAGGAAUCGGUUGUAGAAACGAAGAAAGAAGAAUUGGAUAUAGCGGAAGAAGUGUCCAAGCGAUUAUCCACUUCUUAUAUGGAGAUGGAAGGGGAAAUACAAUGGAGUCAGAAAAUGACCGCACCGUAUUGGGUUCCGGAGGAACAAAUUGCCAAAGACGAUAACAUCCCGGAGAUAUCAAAGGAAAAGGUGUUUAAGCGAUUGUCCACUCUUAGUAAGAAAAUGCGACGGAGUGAAGAAAUGUCACAAGCGCAUUGCGAUCCGGCGGAGCAAAUUGCCAAAGACGAUAACAUCCCGAAGAUAUCAACGGAAGAAGUUAAUGACACUUUAGACAACACUGCCGUCGUCGACACGACGACGAUAGACAAAUCUGACGAGAGUGAGCGUCGGGAGGAAGUCACGCGCGUUAGCGCCGCGCCGGCAACCGAAUGCGAGGAACGGGUGGUCGAGGGAGAUUACGUCAACACCUUGAAACCCAUUAUCAAGAACGACACGAUGCAACAAGCUCUCAACUCGAGGGAUUACGUGUUGCAGACGUUUAUCGGAUCUCUGGACUCGUUGCAGGGCGAGGACAGUCUGGAGGCGCAGCAGAUAGUCAAGAGGGAACUGGAGGAACUGAAGAACUGGCUGAUUCGCGAGCCGAACGAGGUCGUUAUCAACAGGCUGAAGGAAUUGUAUUAUCGCGCGAAGAACGAGGUUCAGCGUAUGCAGGAAGUCAACGAGGAACUGGUGAUCGUUAAGGAAAAGUACAACGCGUUCGUUGAGGAGAAAGCGGAGCUUUCGAAAAAAUACAUGUCGCUGAAAGCACAGUGCGGCGAUCUGCUCAGCGCGACUUAUACCGUGCCGAUACAUUACGUCGCCCCGAUCGCGAUCAUGCUCGUGUGGAUGUUGCUGGAGAAGAUAUUCUAAUGCGAUAUUUCUCUUCUAACGAUACUUCUUUCUAUUUGUACAUAUAUACAACACAUACAUAUACGCAAUUGUUUUAUUUCAUUUAAUGUUUCGUUCGUUCUUCUUUUUUGUAAAUGUAAUCCGAUGCAAGGGAAACUUUUACGAGGAAAAAAACAGAAACGUUUAUUUGUUCUAAUUCAACUUUUGAUCCGUAUAAAAAAACGACCGAGUCGAGCACAAGUAUAAUUAUUAUUGUCUUUUUCUUUUUUAUACAAACUGUUAACAAUAUUGCGCGGUGUCUGUCUGUCUGUCCGUCUCUUGUCUGUGCGCGCGCGCGCACGUGUGUGUGUUUUUUAAUCCUCGGUUCGUAAAAAACAAUUAAAAAAGAGAUUAGGAAAUUUCUUGUAAUAUAUCACCAUAACGCGUUAAGUGAGCGUUAUAUCACGCUCUGCAAAGGAGAGGCAAGGUCAAAGGUGAGAUAAGGAUCGCGUUCGGAUAUACAUGUGUAUCGAACGAGUAGUCUGAGCGCAAGAGUAAAAGUAAUUUGGGGCGGGGGAGCGGGGGGAAGGGAGGGCGAAGAACGCGGAGUGCGAUACCACAUGAAAAUGUUCAACAUGCUGCCAAGAGCUACACACCGAAGUAUCAUAUCUUUGUAAUACGGCUCAAGUCCGAUGUACAAUGUUACGUCAUCGCACAUCGAUUCGUUCAAACAAUUUGUCCGCGCGUAUCCAAAAAAAAACACAGUGUACUCUCUGACAAUUAUAGAAAUGUCUUUCGAAUGAAGUUUCCAAAAAAGAAAAAAAACAUUAUUGCAUACAUGUACGGACACCAGUACGUAUGUAUAGUCCGAGACUUCGAGAUGUAAAAAAAAAAAAGAACAAUAGAAAAGAAUCUCCGUCUUUCUCUACGACAGAAGAAAGCGCGAGGAGGAGCUUCCGAAUUUUCCAGCAAUCUUUUCUCGGGGAAACGUACACCGCUCCGGCUGCGUUGGUGCGCCUUUACAUUUGUUAGAUUUUGGAAAAAACAGUCUUGAUAUUUCUAAUUGGACGCGAAGAGAGAAUUUCGCGCGGCACGACCGCGUGUCGUUCUGAAUAAAAGAACAUUGUCAUUAUGACACUCCAAACGCGAAGCAUCCGAUAGAAAAUGUUGAGAGAUCAAACAAAUGUGAAGACAUUAACGCUAACCUUCGCGGCAAGAGGUUCUUCUAUGCGCCGUUUUUUUAUUUCCAUAGUCCAGCCGUCGACGACGGAUAGCAGCUGAAAGAGAACGUGGAGAGAGAGAGAGAGAGAGAGAGAGAGAGAGAGAAAGAGGGAGCUUUUCUCUCUCGCGAAACGACUCAGAAGAUGCUUUAUCAGCAAAGCACUGCUUGCGUUAUGUGUGAAGAUGCUCGGUCUAUACGUAAUACUUGCGUCUGUGCUCAUGUGCAUUUUUUUUUUUUUUUGGAAUUAUCUAAGAAUACAUUUUACAUUUUUACUCUGCAAACUUUUUGUGUGUGCAUGUUUGUCUGCGUGCGUGUGUGCGUGUGUGUGUGUGUAUAAAACAAACAAAUAAUUUGUAAAAAAGAAUUUAUGCGCAAAACGAAAUGUAUCGUUCGACAUAUUUAUUCUCGCUCGAGUUCUCAAAUCACGCUCGUUUCAAACUCUGUCGUUGAGGGCGACAUAUUGACAAUUUAAAAAAAAAAAAAA